UUGACUUUUAUUAUGCUUAAGGCCUGGGAUGACGUCGAACGUAAAGUUAAACCCGAAAUAAAGUCGAACACCUAUCAAAAUACCCUAAAACUCGACCAACAAAAGUCUGAAUUGUCCCUUGGCGAGGUUUACGAAAAAGACUUCCUGAAACAAUACCAGAAAGAAGAGAAAAAGAACCCGCAGUACGAGGAAAUAGAGAAGCGUAUGAAAGAGCUGUUUCACAAACUGGACCUUCUUUGUAGUUAUCACUAUGUGCCACAAAAUGUUGUGUCAGAAGUUAAAGUCGUUAACAAUAUGAAAUCAGUGGCAGUCGAAGACAUCGCUCCUGCGAACUAUAGCGAGGCAUCUCAGCUCGCCCCAGAAGAAAUAAAGGUUAAGAUUUGUACCGUCUCCGCUUCAUCUGGCGAACAGAAAUCGUUUUCUUCAACGGCAUUUUUCCGCAAGUUGGACGAAACGAUUAAACAGGACAGCGCAAAAAAGCAAAAAAAUACGAAGCUUCGUCGGCCGUAA